CGCUGAGCUGCCUUUUGAUUAUGUCUUCUCUGCUUCAUCAAGCCACCACCGGAGCUUCUCUGCUUCAUCAAGCCACCACUGGAGCUUCUCUGAUGCAACGGAUCCAAGUCCAGAACCUCCUGAAGCAAAAAUAAACUAAGAGAAAAUCUGUUGAGAGGCUUGUCCCAUCUUCAUCAGCUUUUUCUUGGCUAUCAGGAACAUGACUGAGAAAGUACCGUCAUUUAAAACCGGUGGAACUUUUUGGUUUACUGAUCUCACCACUGCAGAUACUACAUAUAUCUUGCCACUUCUCACCGCCAUCACUUUCAUAAUUACGGUGGAGUCGAACAUGCAGGAAGGUAUGGAAGGGAAUCCAGUAGAAGGGAAUCCAGUAGCUGGAACUAUGAAGAAAUUCUCAAGAAUCAUUGUCUUUCUCUCUAUUCCAAUUCUGAUGGGCAUUGAAAAGGAAGAAGUAGACAGUGUAAUAUCCGAUAUCCCGCGGGACGGCCCGCGAAGGCCUACAAAAAAUGCGGUACGGGAUUGGGCAGCUUUUUCAGAACCGCAUCCCGCGCAGGACAGGCCCGCCGUGUCCCGCCCGAAGAUAAACCUGAUAUCUUGCAUAUUUCCAUUGUUUUAUCCAUUCACCCAUGUGCAUUUUGAUCAUAUAGACUAGGAUUUAGCCAUGUUUAGGUUGCAUUUUGCAUACAUAAGUCUUUAUCAGGUAUUGGAGUACCACAUGUAGUUCUCGGAGACAUUUGGGUGUGUUUGGAGCUCGAAAGAGGUGUAAAGAUGAUCAUUGGACGA